AUGCGUCCAAAACACAGAACUUACGGUGCGAACAGAUAUUACGCGGGAGGCGCAACUACGCCCUAUCGAGCCGGCGCAACUUCGGCACUAGGAAUCACUCCAUUCUUGUUACCAGUGGCCGCUUUGGCUUUCUUCCCCGGCCUUUGGUAUCAUCCCGCCUACAUGUAUAAUUACAACGACAGCUAUCACUACGUCAACGAGGACAACAACAAGAAUUCGUCGUUGCCGGUGGCAUGUCUGUGUGAGGAGUAUCAGGAGUGUGGUUGCGACGAGAACAACAACAGCACCUAUUACGAGUCUUUGUUCAACGGCACCCAGCCCAAGAAUACCAGCGUGGUGAGCGUGGCCACGGUCAAUGGCACGGAGAAAAUCUACAUCAACGGCACUCUGGCCAAUGGAACCACUGCUGCUGACAGCUCUGCCGCCUCAGCAGCCAUGGCGACCAUGUUGCAGGCCAGUGGGUAUUGGGCAACAGCCGCUGUGGUACUUGCUACGGUGUGGAGUAUCUAA